AUACGCUAUUACUUUGGAAUUACAUAUGGAAUUUCAAAUCUUCAUCAUGGCAUUCCAAACUGGUUGGGUACUUGUUUUUUAAUAACGGAACUAAGUUUAAAGGAUACAACCACGAUAGUGUUAAUUUCGUAUUAAAAUGUGUGACUGGGCUCAAAAAGCAGAAGAUCAGGAAAUAUCGAGAUUGGUUAACACUCUGGACAUCAAAACAGAAGAUGAUAAGGAUCAGAGUGUUGAAAAUGCUGAUGUCGCAAGCGCUGCUGACACAAGUUUGCUACUAAAAAUAAUUCGCAAAGGGCUGGUUGAAUCGAAUUUGGAUUUGGAAGUGCAACGUAAGGAUCCUAAAUCACCAUUGCAUUCCGUUAAAACUUUUGAAGCUCUGCAUUUAAAACCAGAGUUGUUAAAAGGCAUAUAUGCUAUGGGAUUUAAUGCUCCUUCUAAGAUACAAGAAACUGCACUCCCUACAUUACUUGCGGACCCGCCACAGAAUAUGAUAGCCCAAAGCCAAUCUGGAACUGGAAAAACGGCAGCCUUUGUUCUAGCUAUGUUGAGUCGCGUUGAUACCAAAAUGGAUUUUCCACAGGUUCUUUGCAUUUCGCCCACUUAUGAGCUUGCAAUUCAAACGGGUGAGGUAGCUGCUCGAAUGGCACAGUUUUGUCCCGAUAUCAAACUUAAAUUUGCGGUGCGUGGUGAAGAAGUUACUCAUAAUUCCAAGCUAAAGGAUCAUAUAAUCAUUGGAACACCUGGGAAAAUUUUAGAUUGGGGAUUAAAGUACCGUGUGUUUGAUUUGAAAAAAAUACGAGUAUUCGUUUUGGAUGAGGCAGACGUAAUGAUUGCAACACAAGGCCAUCAUGAUCAGUGUAUUCGAAUCCAUAAGCAACUGUCUACGAAAUGCCAGAUGUUAUUUUUUUCGGCAACGUACGAUAAAGAAGUUAUGAAUUUCGCACAACAUAUUGUACCUGAUCCAACGAUUAUAAGACUCAUGCGGGAGCAAGAAUCGCUUGAAAAUAUCAAACAAUAUUAUGUGAAGUGUAUGAAUGAGGAAGAUAAAUAUAAUGCUAUACAAAAUAUUUACGCCGGAAUAACAAUUGGACAGGCUAUAAUUUUCUGUCAUACUCGGAAGACUGCUGGAUGGCUCGCUGGUAAGAUGUCAUCCGAUGGUCAUUCGGUCGCGGUACUCUCUGGAGAUUUAACUGUGGAACAACGACUUGCUGUUUUGGAUCGGUUCCGUGCUGGUCUUGAAAAAGUUCUCAUUACAACAAAUGUCCUUUCAAGAGGCAUUGAUAUUGAACAAGUUACAAUCGUUGUAAAUUUCGAUUUACCGAUGGAUGCAAAAGGAAACGCUGAUUGCGAAACUUAUUUACAUAGAAUCGGUCGUACUGGAAGAUUUGGCAAAAAUGGCAUAGCGAUUAACCUUGUGGAUGGAGAAAAAUCCAUGAGUAUUUGCAAGUAUAUUGAGAACCAUUUUAAGAAAACUAUACAACUUCUUGACACAGGCAAUUCAGAUGAAAUUGAAAAAAUUGGAUAUUAAAAAUAUCAUUUAUAAACUAUAUUCUUAUAAUAAUUGUGUUUAAUUUGGCAAUACACUAAUAAUAAUCAAAUUUUUGGCCUAAAAGCUGGCUAAGUUAUUAAUAUGCAUGCAAGAA